CGGGAAGCGAAUUCAAAUUGCAGUUACACCUGAUGCCCGCGUUUGGUUCCGUCAGCUGUGGGCUGGACGGCAUCGUGAUGUGAGGCCACCCAGCGUUGGGCCGCCGGGUACGAAGACGUGUCAUGACUGAAGUGGAAAAGCCUGUGGAACGCGUACCCCUGGUGUAAUUCCGGUGAAAGCUCAAGGGCAUUAGGGUUUUAGGGCUGGGUAGCCGCUGCCGUAGUCUGCAGGCGCUAAACCACGUGCUCGCGCGCGGAACAGCAGGAUAGCAGGCGCGGUUUGUUCCGCCGAGGCGCGUCACCGUCACAUCUCUCGACCUUCACCCUCCGCAACGACCCCGCCCUAUGCCACCCAUGCACGCCCCGACGCGUCUCGACCGAACAGAUACGCGAUGACGGCCCCUCUCCGUAAUACUCAGCAUGCCUCUGCGAUCGCUGCAAUCACCGCCUCCCAGAAUAGCGCGCCUGUGGCAGAAUUCCGUUGCCUCUAUACACAAGACGUUAAGAGGAAGCAGAAACGAUGGCAAGAUGGAUAUCUGAAAUUUCAUACCUUCAAUAGCCGGGUUAUGGUGUAUGAUCAGGCAAGGAAUUUUCUGGGAGAUACCUAUCACAAAGACAGCAACGAGCUGCAGGAGGGAGACGAACUCAGCUUGAACAAUGGCGCUCUAGUAGAGGUCGCUGAGGCCAUGGGCAUCACACAUACCGACCUGACACAACUACUUGAGAAGAAAACGAAAGAACAGCCACCCCGCCCGACCGCCCCUUCCCAGCCGAAACCGUUCCAGAGACCAUCGUCAGUGGCGCCGACCAAUGCCCAGCUCAAUGCAUCCCAACUACGCCAUAAAUCGCUGAACACACUGCUCGGGACACCGAAAGGGCCACUUGGAAAGGCUCAGCCCAUGAGGUCUCCAUACGAGGCUCGCAAGGAAAAGGAGAAUGAGCUGGUUGAGGAACCCACCCCGAAAAGACAAAAGACUAGCCAGCCACGCACAAACUGGAGAGCAUCUAGCCCAGUCCAAGAAGACAGUCCCAUAGCGAAGAGAGACAAAGCGGUACAUACAGAACCUUCAGACGCAGCGAAUGCUCGGAAACCUUCCAAGUUCAUACCGCCGACAGUGACUGUCAUCACAAUAGAGUCCGAGUCCGACCCCGUCCCAGCGUAUUUGUCCGAUGUCACCCUUCCGAGCACACCGCCGAAACUUGCCAGAGCAAGAGCACGAUCUAGCGCACUUCAUACCCCAGCACCACAGCCCGCUAUACCUCAGCAGCCACUGGCACAAACUCCAAAGAUACCCAAAGGCAAGGUGCCAGUACCCAGUGUACAAGCGUUGGAGACUCCAAAGCAACGAGCACCACCAUCUUCGCCUCCGGUGAGCGCCUCGAAUCGCCUGACGAACGUCGACUUCGCGUUACAACCAACAAAGCAGCCACCCAAAGACCCCACUCCGCCACCGCCUUCGCCUCCUCCUAACCGCAAAACGAAAUCCCUUCGAUUGUCUGCGGGUGUAAAGCGCGGAACGUUGCUGUGUCAGUCUCUCCCUCAGAAGACUAUAAGGGCAGGUAGUGAGGCCAGAGCGACCAGUUCCAACGUCAGAGCUCGGCAGGUAUCGCGUCUCACGAGCAAGGAGCCAUCACCUGCAGUAUCACAGAAAAGUGCCCCGCCACAAGAGCUCGCCUCUGCAGCGUCGAAACGGGUGGCUAAAAGCAAGCGAAGAAAUAUAGAGGCACAGGAUGGUGUUGGUCUCGCGCCAAAGAGAGCGAGAGUCUCCAAGUCUCCACCGCUACCGUCGCCGAGUGUCCUUGAAGAUCCAGAAAUCAUACAUGGCUUUAUGGACCAGCAACUGAUAAUCCCCUCGUCUCCACCUCAGCCCCAGGCCGUAUCUCCUCCCCCAGAGGCAGUCUCGAAGCCCAAAUCUACUACUACCAAGCAACUAGCGAACAAAACAGCAGCUGAGCCACCACCUAAGCGUCACCCUACAGAGUCGAAAUCUCCCCCACCAAAGGAGACAAUCCGAGAAGCACAGCCAAGAAAUAAUGUCGUGGACCAGCCUGCAUCAGUGCGUAAAGCCCCUUCGCCUCUUGUACCCGCACUUGAUCCACCGAUAUCAGCAUCGAGAGAUGUCUCGCCAGCGCAUAACGAAGCUUCCGAAACACAAUCACGUACAUCAUCAACUUCGCCUCGCAAAGCCCCACUCUCAACUGGCGGAUUUCCCAAGCGGCCAGCGAAGCGACUGGAAAAGCAAUCGGUCGCAUCACCCUUAGUACAGGAGGAACCAGCUCCAGCUCCAGCUUCUCGUAAUGAGUCUGCUCCUCUUCCGCCGCAUCCUCUUCGUGCGAAUAAGAAAGGCCCCAUGAUGAGCACGACGGAACUAGCAUCUCUUCUACAAAAGCCGCAGAACCUAGCUAAAGCUCUCGCAGACCCAAUCGAAGAUGGCUCGAACAUGACCAGUGCAGGCAAGUCGCCGAGCAGAAACUUCAGGCGCGUGAGAAGCGAGAACGACGCACCAAUACCCAGUACAGCAGAUGACUGGGAGAAGCGCAAUCUACCCAAGACGUCCAGUAAUUUGACGGACAGCCUAGAUGAUCCAAAUGCCACUACCGUGGCCGAGGAACCCAAGAAGAAGAAAAGCAGUGGGCUGGAUGCGCUCAUCAAACGAACUGAUCCUAGGCGGAAGUUCAAGAGGACGCAGAGUCUGCAGGUGGAGACUAAUGUUCCGACGGCUGCUAUGGGAGAGGUCGAACUGCCCAGUCCGGUUGUGGAUAAGGAUGUUGGGCCGUGGAGUACGGAAGCGAGUGAUCUUUUUGAUUGGAGGCCACCUGGAAGAGAUUAGGGUAGCGAAUGAGUAUGGAGGUUCGGCGAGUUACCUUGGACUGUUAGCAAAUACUGGCAACCAUGUCAUGUCGUAUGAGAGUAUGUAGCGAUGAUAUUAUGAUAUUGAUACCCUGUAGCAUCGCAAUAACAGUUGCACUUUUUUUUUCCAC